AUGGCAGAAGAAGCUGGUAAUGUGAGAAGGACCCUGAGGGAUUAUUCUAUGCCAGAUCUUAAUUCUUACAGAGGGAGUAUUGUGAGGCCUCCUAUUCAAGCCAAUAACUUUGAAAUUAAGCCUGCACUUUUACAAGUCAUCCAACAAAAUCAGUUUGGAGGUGCAGCAUCAGAGGAUCCAAAUUCUCACCUAGAGAAUUUUCUUGCAAUUUGCGACACCUUGAAGAUCAAUGGAGCUACUGAUGAUGCAGUCCGCUUGAGGCUUUUUCCUUUUUCAUUACGGGAUAAAGCUAAGAGUUGGCUUCAAUCACAACCUCAAGGGAGUAUUUCUACAUGGGAUGAUUUGGCUACUAAAUUUGUGAACAAAUAUUUUCCUCCAUCCAAGUCAGCAAGAAUGAGAAAUGAGAUUACUAAUUUUGUGCAACAAGAGUCUGAGUCCUUAUAUGAGGCAUGGGAAAGGUAUAAAGACCUAAUUCAGAAGUGUCCUCAUCAUUCUUUACCAGAUUGGCUACAAGUGCAAAUUUUCUAUAAUGGCCUUUCACCCUCUUUUAAGGCGAUAUUGGAUGCAGCAAGUGGAGGGUCAUUUAAUUUGAAAACACCAGAGAAAGCCUUGGAGACUCUUAAAUUGAUGGCAAAUAAUACAGUGAACAUGCAAUUUGAUCGCCAAAAUAGAAGAGGUGGAGUGCUGGAGGUUAAUACUUUGGAUGCUAUUCUAGCACAGAACAAGCUUUUAACACAACAAAUUACUAAUUUGACUCAGCAGUUGGGUAGUAUGCAGGCUAAAGCUGUUAAUACAUCUUCCUUGGUGUGUGACUUUUGUGGAGGAACGCAUCAAAAUGGUGAAUGUCAAACCACUCAACAAGAGGCACAAGUUAAUGUAGUAGGGCAACAACAGAAUCAAUAUUCCAAUAACUAUAAUUCAGGUUGGAGAAACCCACCAAAUAGACCUUGGGGUGGUUUAGGACAAUCUAACCAACCAAGGCCUCCAUAUCAAUAUCAAGCACAAUCUAGCAAUCAAGGGAGCAAGAUGUCUACUUUGGAGAGUGCUUUAGAGAAAUUAUCCUUGCAAACCUCUACCUUUGUGGAGCAAACUUCCAACUUCAUGAAUGUCACUAGGACAAAUUUCAAGAACCAUGAAGCUUCAAUCAGAAAUUUGGAGAAUCAGAUUGGUCAAAUGUCAAAACAACUUUCAGAGAGAUCUCCUGGUAAAUUUCCCAGUGACACCGUUCCCAACCCAAGGGAACAAUGUAAAGCAAUUCAAUUGAGGAGUGGAAAGGUGUUAAUUGAUGAGAAAAACCGUGAGGUGGAAGGAGAGAAAAAGAAAGAAAGUGGUGAUAUAGAAGUGAUGAAAGAAGAAAAAAAUGAUGAGAUAAAUUGUGAAAAAAAGAAUGAGGGAGAUAAUAGUCAGGCAGAAAAAGGAGCAAGAGAAGCAAUUUGCAAGGUUUCUUGA